AUUCAAGGGAUAUUUAAUCUCAUUUAUCUGAAAAAGUAAUUUUUAUGAUUUUAAAACAUAAAUAAUAUAAAUGAAUAGAAUUGUUAACAUAAUGGAAGGAAAAUAGAAAGAUUAAAAAAACCAUUCCAAAGGUUUCAGCUAUGGCCGCCGACUCAAAACAAACAAAAAUAAUUAAAAACCAUGUAAAAGGGUCUAUUAUGCAACCACCUACUCAUAUUUUACCAGAAAUGUCCACUCUGAAACAAGAAAGAAGAGUGAACAUAAAGGAUUCUGUCAACAAAGAAGAUGGAGAACCAAUGCUCAACAAAACUCAAACUUCAUUUGAAUCUUCAAAAGUAAGACCAAGUAUUUCUAAAAAUAUUGGCGUUCUGAAUACGGUCAUAGAUGCACCUUCUUCAGAACCACUUCCGGUACUUGAAGCAGUUGCAAUUGCCAGUGCUCUGGAAGAGUGUCUGGCUGUUUUGAAUAUAAUACAAAAUACCAUACCUGCAAAAGUUGAUAAACAUUGGGAUGGAAGUUACAAAAUAAUAGAGGGAAAAUAUAGCGGUCCUGAUGAAGAAGAUAAAAUAUUUGCAAAACAUCCGACGGAUGCUGAGAAACUACAGAGAGACAGAACAUACAUCUACAAUGUUUUAAAAGAGACCCUUGAUGAUAUAAAAAAUAACAGAAGAUGCGAUCGCCUAAAAGAUGAAGUGGAAAAUAUUACCAAAAGCAUUGAAGACGAGCGAGUUCUUCAGGUAGAGAAUGAAAUAUGGGCACAUACAGUUAAACAGACUCAAGACUUGAUUGCUUCCCAAAAAGUUGAAGACGAAGAUGAGUUACGGAAAUUAAAAGAGUUAGCCCGAAGUGCGGAAAUUCAGGCAGAUAAUUCUUUUUUUCUAAAUCGUUCAAAAUUAGAAUAUGUGAAACGGUGGGAAAAUGAUAGACUGGAUCAACAAAAUUUAAAAAUGGCACUAAAAGAAAAAAAAUUAGUAGAUGAAUUGAAUGCAUUUGCAAGGAAGGAAAGAAUUGAGCAAAUAGUUUCAGAAGAUAUGCAGGCAUAUGUGGAUAAUAAUAUUGAUUAUUUAGAAAACAAAAUAAAAAAAUGGACCAAUAAGAACCACGAGGAUAUUUUCAAAAUGGAAAGAGAAAUUUAUGACAUUAGAGAGGCCAUAGACGAUCGAACAGAAAAUCUAAAAGAAUUAAACAGUUUAUACGCAGAGAGGCAAGCUUUUAUCGACGAGUGUUACGAAGAAGAGGAGCGAAUUAGAAGAGAAGAGGAAUAUCGGAAAACUUUAAACAAAUCUGCACUCCGCAUUCAAUCAUUUUGGAGAGGAUACAUGGUCAGGAAACAAUUAGGAAAAUAUAAAGAAUUAUGGACACGACUUCGAAAAAGGAAAAAAUUGGCAGCUAUCGCGCGGAAAAAACGGGAGGCUUGGGGGAAGAAAAAAGAAAAACAGUGGGGUGACACUAAACUUAAGACUAUGAAAAAUGUCGUCGACCCAAAUAAUUAA